GCGGCGACUCGGAGGAGCUCACUCUCGCCUUCGGAGCUCGAGGAACGAAGGGGCAGCAGCGCAGAAGCCGAAGCCUCGGGGGACAGAGAGACAGUGGGAGAGAGGGAGCAAAGAUAGAAAAAGAAAAAAGCCAGCGCUGCCUUCUUGCCGUGUGGGAAAAACCUAAACACCCAGAAGAAGGGGACGCGGAAGAAGCGCUUUGCUUGGGUUCCAACGCGGGCGCUGGGAGCCCGCCGCCGCCACCGGAGGAGCCUUUGGCGUCGAGGGAGCGAGGACAGGAGGGCUCCUGCUGCUUGUGGGCAUCCUUGGAGGAUAUUUGGAUCCGAGGAGGAGGAUGGGGCCCCGCGGAUCCUGCUGCUCCUGCCGCGCCUCCUCCGGGCUGCCUUUGGGUCUUCUCCAGGUGGAUUAUUAGGAGCGGCGAAGGGAGGCUGGUGGCGGAGACCCCGCUCCCCUUUCUCGGCGGGGCGGCGUGGAAGGACAGGACCGCGGGGCAGUUCUCCUUCCCUCCUCAUUGGCUGCUUCUUCCUCCUCCUCCUCCUCCUCCUCCUCCUCCUCCGUCCCUUCGAUGGCGGCGCGCGGGACUCUCUAAGCCGGGAUUGUGGCUUCUCGGCGUCCUCGCGGGGACCAGUAUGCCUCCUCCGCCACUGCCGCCGCCGCCUCCUCCCGCUCGCCGGGGGGCGCCUUCCCCGCUGGGGCGGUGCUGCUGGGCCCUCUGGGUGCUGCUCUGCCGGACGGCGCUGGCCAGCUCCCUGGUGCUGGAGCCCAUCUACUGGAACUCCUCCAACUCCAAAUUCCAUCCUGGACAAGGACUGGUACUGUACCCAAAGAUAGGAGACAAACUGGAUAUUAUAUGCCCAAAGGUGGACUCUAAAACUGGUGGACAGUAUGAGUACUAUAAGGUCUAUAUGGUUGAUAAAGACCAAGCAGAUAGCUGCACUAUUAAAAAGGACAACACACCUCUACUCAACUGUGCCAAGCCUGAUCAAGAUGUUAAGUUUACCAUCAAGUUUCAAGAGUUCAGCCCAAAUCUCUGGGGCCUGGAAUUUCAGAGAAACAAAGAUUAUUACAUCAUAUCAACAUCCAAUGGAUCCCUAGAAGGCUUGGAUAACCAGGAGGGAGGGGUGUGCCUGACAAAAGCCAUGAAGAUCCUAAUGAAAGUUGGACAAGUUCCCAAUUCUGGUGGGUCCCCCAAUAAUGCUGAUCCAACUAAACGCCCGGAACAGGAAGCUGGUACCAACGGGAAAAGCUCCACAACAAGUCCCUUUGUAAAGGAUCAUGCAGGUUCCAACUCAGAUGGGAACAAAGCUGGACAUACCAGUAUCCUUGGUACAGAGGUGGCCUUAUUUGCAGGGAUAGCUUCAGGGUCCAUCAUAUUCCUCAUCAUCAUCAUCACGCUGGUGGUUCUUUUGUUGAAGUAUCGAAGGAGACACAGGAAGCAUUCACCACAGCACACGACGACACUGUCACUUAGUACAUUAGCCACCCCAAAACGUAGUGGGAACAACAAUGGGUCUGAACCCAGUGACAUUAUCAUACCUCUGAGGACUGCAGAUAACGUCUUUUGCCCUCAUUAUGAAAAGGUCAGUGGUGACUAUGGACAUCCAGUCUACAUUGUUCAAGAGAUGCCCCCUCAGAGUCCAGCAAACAUUUAUUACAAGGUCUGAUGAACACUUGGCGUGGUACCUUUGGGAACUCUCUCUCUCUCCUGUCCAAUGCUAUCCAUGACACGGGGGGACAGGGUUUGGGAUGGUGAACCCCUGUGCUGGUUACUGGACCAGGUGCAGUGGCAAGAACAGCAAGUCCCACCACGUCGACAAAGAGCAGUUUUGAGAUGGACAUCUCUAGUCUGUAGAAUUCCUGCCUUGGUGAACAAGCAUUUCCUUGGAAGCUGGAAGAAUUUACGUAGAAGAUCCCCAUACCAACUGCUGUUCGUUCAUCACCUUCUAAGCCAUGUGCUGCAGGCAUUCAGGCACACAUAAAAAGCCCAGGGAAGAUGGAGCAACUCGCAGAUGCUAAUGGUUUUUGGCAUUCUGGAAAAGAAGUCUUAAGUUAUCAAGCUUGAAAACGCAGCCCUGUGACUUUGUGUGCGCGCUUUUCUCAUGGCGUAUAUGGAUUUGUCACACAGACCAUGGCUUUACGUAAGACUUUUGAUCAUUUUCUUGCUUUUAGUCAGUCCCUGUUGCAUUUUACUUCAAUUGAGUAGCACUCUGGCAUCCUUCACCUGAGAAUUCUUUCACUCCACAUCCUGCAUUGCUGUUGGAAAUCUUAAAAUGUGUGGGCUUUGUUUGUGUGGGUUUUUUUUCCUUUGCCAUUUCAUACUCCAUCUGUUCGUGAUAGCAGCCUCACUUGAAAAGGAUAAUGCUUUGAGAGAACCCAGGCUUGCUAAAAAGGGAAUCUUCUAGCUUAAAAGCUAGCUUGCCAGUAGAGUCAAGAAUAUAAGAGAGGAGUUGUGUGGAUGAAGAGAGAGAGAGAGAGAGAGAGAGAGAGAGAGAGAGAGAGAGAGAGAGGAGAGGGAGGAAGGGCUGAUGAAAUGCUACAGCCUCUGGAGGCUCAACUGGGCAAAGCCAAACAAUGUAGGUAGCACAGCACUUUGACAUUUGGACUUCUGAGCAGCAUGUGAGACACAGCAACAUACACACGGCCAAUUCAGGUCCGCAGUGGAAGGAUGCCAAGGUUAUUCUCCAAUAGUAACUUGCAGGAGAAAAUAGUUCUCUCUCUCAAAGUAGGACAGAGUGUAAGUAGGUGAAUGUGCCUAGAAGACAAGACAGUAGAAGGCCAUUGGUGAUAUAUUAGGGCAGGACUGCUGUGGUACUGUACCAGCAAUAAGACGCACAGCUUUGAGCUAGCUGUAGCAAAAAAUCUUGGUCUGCUUGAAAUGACAUUUUUUUUAUUACGAAAAGAAAAGCAGACACAGCUGCUAUACUUAACACAUUUAUCUGUUCACAAAGGGGGGAGUGCUUAAGAAAACAGUAACUUUUAUCAUGGAAGAAUAAAAUCACAAGCUUAACAGUCAAGAGGGCUAUGAUUCCAUCACUUUUACACACACACACACACACACACACACACACACAAGCAUUCACAUCUCUCGGAACUGAUCAGGAUUUUCCUUUUUCCUCCAAUCGAGCCUUUUAACACUCUGGUUUCUGGCAGUGCAUUUGCGAGGUAAACCUGUCCUAGACACUGCUGCCACUAGGGUAGUCUCUUUCAGAGUUAAAGCACACAUGGUAAACUGCAUGGUCCAUAAAGAUGCAACACAUUUAGACACAAGAGAAAGGGGGAGUAAGGUGUGACUUAUUUAUAAUAGGUGUAUAGAACCCAAGGGAUAUAAGUAGCAGAUUUUGUUAUGAUUACUAAUAUAUAUAUCUAUAUAUUGAGAUUGCACAGAAUCUAUACCAGAAGAUGUGAACUUCGUCUGUGACAAUGAAAUCAAUCUUAAAUUGUGUCAGCAUUCUUGAAGCAAAACAAUUAGGUAAUACUUCUUGGGGGGGGGUCGCUUUGCUCCAAAAAGAACAAUACUGAGAGGAAAUACAAAAAUAACCAAGCCCUCUAAGCUGUCUUGCAUAACUAGUAGAAUAGGAAAUGUGACCCCUGCCUCUGAAUCAUGACGUCAGUGUAACUGUGUCAUGCAUUUGAACAGCAAAAUAUUCUGAUGAGGGUUUUCUUAUUCUGCCUUUUGGUUUGUUUCUGUUUUUCUGUCCCUUGCCUUAUGAGAUGGAGCAGUUGAGCUGGACACCAGCAAGAGAGUUUUGGGAUCAAGUUUCUGCUUGAAGCCUGGUGGUUGUCCUGCCUCCAGCCUCUCUGUACCCUGGGGAAAAAAUAAAUCUACUUUUUUAUGUGCUAUGCAAAAUAGAUGUCUUUUCACAUAGUCCUGUUCCCAUGGCAACACUUCACUUUCUGGAUUGGAAAGAACAUGUAACUACAGCAUUUUUAAGGGUCUCGAGCCUCCACUAAGCACGUGCAAAAAAAAAUGUACUGUCAUUGAAAUGACUACUCUGUAUUUCCUGAACCCGAAAAUGAUGUUGGUCCAAGAAGGAGAGAUGGAGGGAAAGGGAGGGGAGGAAAGAGCGGAGAAGAUGGAGAAGAAUGAGAAAAAGAAGACGAGGACGCAAGGGCCUGUGGGAGGUUACCAUGGUAACUGACUACAAUACAGAUGCAGUUUUUUUCCUAAAGCCUUCUUCUCUGUGAAUCCAUCCAUGCAAAGUUUUCCUUGUAAGCCAUUAAGAUUUUAUUUUGGGGGAGGGGGAAAUAAAUGGGCCUGGGUUUUUCCCCUCCCUUUUAUUUUUUUUCCUUUUAAUCGAGAAUAUUGUUGAGUUGGUUGGAUCCACUCUGAUUAUGUUCUAAACCUGGGGAAGGGGAGAUCGUAUGGGACAAAUCAAUGGCGAGGCGUCUGCAACCGAUGGGGGAGGGGGGAAGAAGAGGUCCCCGUGUAUCUGUGUUGUGUCUUGUGCAGAAUAAUGACAAUCUUGCCAACUGUACCUUUAGUUGGUGUUUGGUUCAGCUUUGAAAAAGUUACUGUAAAUGCCUUGCUUGUGUUUACCCCUUGAUCACCUGACUUUUUGAGAAAUUUUCACCACAAUGUCUGAAGAGUGAAGAUGCUGUAAAUACAUUCAGAUUGACUGUAUAUGGAUUUGGGGUGUUACAGUAGCCUUAUUCACCUUUUUAAAAAUAAAUAUAAAAUAAAAAUACACAUGGAAAACGAGAAUAAACAUCUUUUCUUAACCGGAUUGUGUAUAUAGAGCAACAUUGGUUUUUUAUAAAGUCUAAGCGAGAUGUUUUGUAUAAAAUCUGACUUUUUGCUAUGUAUUUAGCUACAGCUUGUUUAAAGGCCGUGUCAUUCCCCUUUGCACAGUAUCCAGGAAAAAAAAGAUAAGGUAUAAAAAGGUUGCCAAAUUGCUGCAUAUUUGUGCUGUAAUUGUGUACCAUGAAUAUUUAUUUAAGAAUUCCUUUGUCCAGUUUGUAAGUAACACAGUAUUAUGCUUGAGUUAUAAAUAAUUUUUUUCUCUCUUUUUUUAAAAAAACCCCUAGAUUAUCAUAGAUUUUGAAAUCUGCUUUUGUUCUACAUUGCAGUUAGCCCCUUCCAGAAAAUGAAAUCUAUGAAGAUCACAUUCCACUUCUGUUUCAAACUGAAUUCAUUCUUUUAAAAAAAUAAAAUAUUUUUUUCCUAUGGAAA